GACUUGCCUGCGACUUGCCAGUCCAGUCGCCGCCGAGGAAGGAAACAGGCAGGCGGGGAGGGCAGGAGCAGUAGCCGAGUGGCCAACGACUCCUCCUCCUCUGGCCUUCGCACCACCAGCCUCCACCGAGAACCAGGAACAAGCCAUCCCGCCUCCUACCAGCUCCGAGAGAACCCCUCGAUCCCUACGCGCGAGUUCCCAUGGCGGCGGCGCAGCUCCGCGGAUCGGCCGCGCCGGGGACGGCGAGGAGGUGGCCGGCUCCUUGCGGCGCCAUCCUCCGCUUCGCGCCGCUCUCCACGUCUAGGAUCCCAGCAGCGUCGCUUCAUCGUGUAGGAGCCUUCCAUGGCCUUUCCGCUAGUGUCGCCCCGAAGCUGUUGACUACAAUGUGCAUGAAGCCAAAAUGUACUAGGUUUCCCAUUGAUCACGCUACUGCUCCUGUGCACACAGAAGAUGAAAUUCCUGAGCCAAACACGACGGUUAUUGCUAGUGAAGAGAUAGGUACAGUCCAGGAAGUCGCUCCACAACAGAAGAGUGCAAUAAUACAUGACUUCUGUCUCGGGAUUCCUUUUGGCGGAUUCUUAUUUUCCAUGGGCCUUGUUGGAUUUCUAUUUUGGAGGAGUCCUGUAAGUCUUACUUUUGGUGUUGCACCUGGCCUUGCUAUAUUGGCACUUGCUGUGCUUAGUCUCAAGGGUUGGAGGAGUGGAAAAUCCAGCUUGCCAUUCAUACUGGCACAAGCAGCUGUUGCUGCUGCAGUAGCAUGGAAGCAUUGUCAGGCAUACACCACGACGAAGAAGCUGCUUCCCUGGGGCUUUUAUGCUGCACUCAGUGCCGCGAUGAUUUGCUUCUACUCAUACGUUUUACUUGCUGGGGGAAAUCCACCGCCAAAGAAGAAGGCAGCUACUGUGAUAUAAGUCGCCUUUAGUCCUAUGGCGGACGAAUCUGUGUUCUAGUAAAUGUACCGAUCAUAGGAUGUCUUUUAUUUCAUUUUACUGUACAACACCAAAAAUAAUAAGUUGUGUUCUAGCAUAGCUCAUUUGAGUACCUCUGUUACCUAAUGGAAGAAUCGGAGCAGAUAAGAUUUGCCUAGAUUCUACAUGAAUUUCUACUCAGCAUUACCCUUA